AUGCGUGAACUCAAGGGCCGGCUCUUGUCCACUCACUCAAUGAAGCCCUCAGACAACCUGGCGCUCAUGGAGCAACUGAGCGGCAUUGCAGCAAAGGUGUCCUCUCUCACCAACAAGUGCCAGAAGGCUCUCGAUGCCCCAGCUCAUCCCCCCAUGGGCUUACAAGGUUCGCUCCAUGCCUCUGCCCGAACGGCUUUGGAACAGAACCGAGGGAAGAAAUGCCCGGCUAUCUUUCUGAGUGACCCACCUGCUCCGAGUGAACUGCCUGCUAAGAGGCAGGCCACCGACGGCGAGAGUCAACGUGUCCAGGACCCACACGCCAUCCUACGAGACUGGAAAUGGGGCAAGAUCGCAGCUAUUGGCCCCCUCAUGGACGCAUGCAAGGGUUGCAUGCCCCCAGAGUCGGCGUUGGCUCUUACAAAGAUCUUUGAGUUCCGCCCUAGGAAGAGUGGGCCCCCACCAGGUGUGCCGACCCCCGCCACGUACGCAGCAACAACGAGUGGGCAGCUACAGACAGGUGGAACUCAGCCGCCCUCAGCUCGUCCUCCUACCCCUGCACCCACCAAGGCUGCGUCUGCUCAGCCCAAGCCCAAGCUGAAGGCUCUGGUGGUCCAUGUAGCGGCAUCGUGGGAGCUCACAAAGAUUCUGCAAGUUGUCUUCUCAACGGUGGUUACGAACCUGGCUCAUCGUCGCGAGGAGGGUGACGUCUGCAUAUGGGUUUGCGACUGGCUCCAGCAUAUUGGCGAGGAGCCCAAUGAGGUCAUUGGGCUCAACUGGCACAAUGGUGGCGUCCAUGUAGACAUUCGUUUCCAAUCUCGCCUGACGGUGGCAAUGCACGACUCCUUGAACAAAGGCGCAGACUGGUUCGCAAACACCACUGGAGUGACAUGUGCAGCCACAGUCAACUUCUACAUGCCCAUUACACGUAUCACGGUGAAAGCCCUGCGAACUCAUCACAAGGUCACUAACCAGGAGCUGCCGAUAGAGGCAAUUGUCUCUGCCAUCGCGCAGGAAAACCCAUGGAUCGCGGACAGGUUGCUGCACCACAUCCAGUCCCCGAAACCGUUCUGGAUGGACUCCAGAGGAGGCUCGGGCAUGUUUGUUUUUGCAGCCUAUGACAAUUGCGAUGGCAUGAUCAGUGAGGGGUGGUGCAAGAGGAGGCUCUGUGUGUUCGGGGUCAACCACAACAUUCAGCAUCACGACAUCGCCCUGUGGGUUUCACUCUGUAACCAGUGCUGGCACUGGGAGCACACUGGAGGAGCAUGCCGGGCGAACAAGCUCUUUUGCUCGAGGUGCUCGCUACCUCACAUCGACGUGGAUCAUUCCCGGUUCUGCAUCCACCCGCAGUGCCAGCAGGCAUGUCUCUCUACUAUGGAGGCACAAACCUUCUGCGAGCAUGUCUAUUGCGCAAGUUGUGACAGCGUUGAGCAUGCGCUGUCAUCUCAGGAGUGCUCCUACAGCUGCCACGCGGGUGACCGGGAUGCAAAGAAGUGGUUCUCAAAGAACCCCGCCCAGUUUUCUGCGCAGGAUAUGCGUCAACGUGGAAAGGAAUAUGAUGGAGAAGUUGCCGUCGGGGCUGAGAGACAAUGCAGGCAGGCUCUGGUGGCUGUAGAGGGUGCGCCGGAGCUGGACGAUGUGAUGCCUUCUUAA